GUAUUUCUGUCCAGGUAAGCUUUCACUGCUGCCAACAUGUCCGAGACAGCCGGGGAUGCGAAACCUGAGGUGAAGCAGGCGAGCAAAGAAGUGAAGGAGAGCGAAAAUGUCGCGGAAAAAUAUUCAGCCAUGACCGUGAGCAAGAACAGCGAAAUUAACAUGGGAGAGCUGUCGUCGGUGUUCAGCGCCGUGCCCACCCACAAACCAGUUAAAAAGCAAAUUCAGUUUGUUGAGGAAAAACAGGAGUUCAGCAGGUUUCCCACCAAAGCAGGCCGCCGUUCCCUGUCCCGCUCCAUCUCGCAGUCCUCCACUGACAGCUACAGCUCUGCUGCGUCCUACACUGAUAGCUCAGAUGACGAGACUUCGCCUCGGGACAAAACACAAGUCAACUCGAAGGGCAGCAGUGACUUCUGCGUGAAAAACAUCAAGCAGGCUGAAUUCGGGAGACGUGAAAUCGAGAUAGCAGAACAAGAUAUGUCGGCGCUGAUCUCACUCAGGAAGAGAGCACAGAGUGAGAAACCUUUAGCCGGUGCCAAAAUCGUGGGCUGCACUCACAUAACUGCUCAGACUGCAGUGCUGAUUGAGACUCUGGUUGCUCUUGGAGCUCAGUGCCGUUGGACUGCUUGUAACAUUUAUUCAACACAGAAUGAAGUUGCUGCUGCCCUGGCAGAGAGAGGUGUGGCAGCGUUUGCCUGGAAAGGAGAAUCUGAGGAUGACUUCUGGUGGUGUAUUGACCGUUGUGCCAACACUGAGGGCUGGCAGCCCAAUAUGAUCCUUGAUGAUGGUGGAGACCUGACACACUGGGUGUAUAAGAAAUAUCCAAAUGUCUUCAAGAAGAUCAGAGGCAUUGUAGAGGAGAGUGUUACUGGAGUUCACAGGUUGUACCAGCUUUCUAAAGCGGGGAAGCUGUGUGUUCCAGCCAUGAACGUAAACGACUCUGUGACUAAGCAGAAGUUUGACAACCUGUACUGCUGCAGGGAGUCUAUCUUAGAUGGUUUGAAGCGAACCACAGAUGUCAUGUUCGGAGGAAAGCAGGUGGUGGUUUGUGGGUACGGCGAGGUUGGCAAAGGUUGCUCUGCAGCUCUGAAGGCUUUGGGAGCCGUCGUCUAUGUUACAGAGAUUGAUCCCAUCUGUGCCCUGCAAGCCUGCAUGGAUGGAUUCAGGGUCGUCAAGCUGAAUGAGGUCAUUCGCCUGGUCGAUGUUAUCAUCACAUGCACUGGGAAUAAAAACGUGGUGACAAGGGAACAGCUGGAUCGAAUGAAAAAUGGCUGCAUUGUGUGCAACAUGGGACACUCAAACACUGAGAUUGAUGUGGCGAGUCUACGGACUCCUGAGCUAACGUGGGAACGAGUCCGCUCUCAGGUGGAUCAUGUGAUCUGGCCUGAUGGCAAAAGGGUUAUCCUGCUGGCUGAGGGGCGCCUAUUGAACCUGAGCUGCUCCACCGUUCCCACCUUUGUUCUUUCCAUCACAGCCACCACUCAGGCAUUGGCCCUUAUAGAGUUGUAUAAUGCCCCAGAGGGACGUUACAAACAAGAUGUGUACUUGCUUCCCAAAAAAAUGGAUGAGUAUGUUGCCAGUUUGCAUCUGGCCACUUUUGAUGCCCAUCUAACAGAACUCACUGAUGAGCAGGCAAAGUAUCUGGGUUUGAAUAAAAAUGGCCCCUUUAAGCCAAACUACUACAGGUAUUAGGCUGCCACCACCACAGUCCGGACCAGCCCUACGUGGAUCUGUAGAUUUCUGAUAUUAGCCGUUCUCCUGGCAACACAUAGAUUUAUCUAUCUUGUAUUUUAUACUUUUCAUGGGAGGCACAAGUUAUAUUUAGACUCAUCUGACGUGCUGCUUCCUAUAAACGAUGCACGUGGCACUUAGCUGGCUAUAAAAGGUUAAUGUAAUAAUUGCAGCACUUGGAUAUCUGAUAGAUGUAUUGGAUGUGUUUCCUUACUUGCUGGUUCCUGCCUGAGAGCUACUGAGAGCUUUUCCAGUAAAAUGUGCCAAAUAACAGAGGACAGAGGGCUAGUGUUGUGAAAGAUAAAGAACUAAAAACGAGAUAAACCUGUUUAGAGAGCCAAUUUAUUAUUACUUUUUUAAGAUGUAUAUGAUUACUGUAUGAGAUUUAAUUCUGAAAAUAUGCAUGCUCGGAAUGCACCAAUUAAUAGCUCCUUCAGCUUAUUGAACCGUAAACACUUAGCUGGGUGUUUGAUUCUUUCAGUUACUUUUGUGCAUAAAACUGUGUGAAAACUUUCUGGGAUGUACGCUGCCAUUAAAAUGAUGAGUGGGGAAUAUUUUUUGCUCAAAGUGGACCAAAUGUGAGUUAAAGUCCUGUUGCUGGUCUUGUGUUUUUAAGGUAGCCAAAAAAGCUUCAUUUGCGUAUAUUUAGUGUGGUUUGCUUGCAGAUGAGCCAUAGCAACUUAAAAAUAAAACUUUGUUUCUAAUAUUUCUACCACCUCGUUGCCAAAUAUAGCUCAGUGCUGCUUUAAUGUUUUUUCUUUUCACAUAAAAACAUUUAUUCACAAGAGACAUUCCAUGAGAGGGAGAAAGAAGUGCCCUAAUCUUUAGUAAUAUAAUGGUUCCUGCUUACCACAAUUAAUAGUUAGGGUUAUCAUUUCUGGAAUAAAACGUUUGUUUCAGUUAUGUAUUCUUCACCUAAGGUCAUUUGCAUAAUAUGUAAAUAUUUUUCUUACAAGAUCUAUUUUCUCUGAUUUUCAGUAUCAUGUUUAGUCACAAUAUUUUUUUUUUUUAAAUGCCCUUUUUAUAAUGGUACUAAAUAAAUAGUUUGAAUACUGUGUUAGGUUCAACUGUCCUGAUGUUUAGUGAUGUAUAUUCCACUAAUUCUGCAGCAGAUAGAGCAGUCUUUAAAAAGUUUGAUUUUUCUUUAGAUCUGUUUAGGUCUUAUUUUACGCAGCAGAUGGCUCUGUGGUUUUGAUAAAUUGUUUUGUACAGGAAGACAUUUUUUAAAAAAAUGCUUUGCAAAAAAAACCAACUUAUUUACAGCCAGUUGUAAACAAAUCUUGCUUUCCACUCUGUAUCAUCUUACAAAAUCCUCAUGACAUUUGCCUCUUUCUAACAAUAAGCCAUAACUUGCUUGUUAAUUUUUUUUAAAUUUUUGGUAAAGCUGCAGAGUUUGGUGGUUGUUGUCCUGUCGAAACUCAUUAACACAUUUCAGUUGCCUGCAUUAUAAACUGCCGUACUUUGUGAUGACCGUAUUAUUGACUAUAUUACUGUCCUUUUAUGUUUGGUAUACUUUUAAAGUCAUGGUAAACAUGUUUACACUGCGGUUUCACCCUUUAGAAAUAUUCUUCUGCAAUAAGAUAUAAUUAUUGUUAUUAAUGUUUUCAGCUGAUGUAACCUUUUAAUUAGCCGAUUUGAGUCCGUUUUACCUACUGUUUGUUGAGGAAUAACUGAGAGCUUCUGUGAAGUGCUUACUUGUUUGCACUGACAGCUUUAAUGGAAUCAGAUUCAGGGACACUCAAAGGAAUUAGAGAAAUGAGUGCUGUAACCAUGGUGACUAUUGGUUGACAGUGCCUUGUAACUCAUUUAGUCAUUUGUAUUUAAAACAGAGUUAGUUUCCUCCAGAGUAUGACAGCUAUGCACCAAAACCCUCAUCCUUUCAUCCGUCUGAAGGAAUUUAAAUUUUCUGCAUUAGCAGCCCAGUGUAAUUGUUUGAUCUUUCUCAUAAAUGUAAAUUAUUUUACACACUCUUAACAUGUUGAAUGUUUUGAAAUGGUUGAUUUUCCCAUUUUAUUUAUUGUAAGAGCAGAUAGUUUUAUUCUCAUUGAAGCACCUGAAAACGUAUCUGUAAUCAAUUUAUCUGCUUUGACUAAUUAUAAUCACAUUAACAGUGUUUUAUGAUUGACACAAAUGAAUGUGAAUCCCAGCUACUGUCAUGUCGAGUCCCACUGUGAUUUAAAAGGAGAAUGUUACAUUUGAAUUAAAGAUCCCUAACCAUGUAAUGUCCUGCAUUUAACACAAGCUGUAGUUUAGUUUGAAUGAUUUCAUAAAUCUGCAUUCUGUUAAGCAUCUGUCCUGAAUAAACGGUUCACUCUUGAAAA